AUGUGGUUAGAUGACUGGAAUAAAUGGCGUAUCACAUAUGAGGAUCGCUGCAAGCAUGACGAUCGUUUCGAGUUCCUGCGUCCCAUAAACGGGUACAUAACCGGCGAGCAAGCACGUAACUUCUUUACACACUCCAAGCUGCCCACUCUCCUUUUGGCCGAAAUAUGGGAGUUAGCUGAUCUCACUGCUGAUGGUCAGUUGGAUCGCAGGGAGUUCUCUAUCGCCAUGUUCCUCAUCAAGAAAUGUCUCGAAGGGAACACCCUUCCUCCUCAACUUCCACCUUCUUUGCUACAGGAACCACAACGUUUCAGUCAACCCAUCUUCCCUGAUCAUGUCAAUUCAUCUACCACCUUGAAGUCCAUUGGCAGCAGCACGAUUGAUUCAGAUUGGAGUAUUUCAGCUGCCCUGCGGCCCAAGUAUAAGCUCCAGUUUAAUCAAAAUGACCGCAACAAGCGAGGUUACCUAACCGGUGUUGAGGCGCGAGGUAUUUUUCUCAAAUCCAAUCUGUCUCAGUCUCAGUUAGCGGCGAUUUGGAAUCUUGCUGACGUGGACAGGGAUGGUAACCUUACAUGUGAAGAGUUUUGCAUCGCUGCUUAUCUCAUUGAUCAAGUCUUGGCGGGUAGGAAACUACCUCUCACUCUACCGCUCACACUCAUGCCUUCUCUUGCUCAGCAAGGCGACCGUCCUAAGUCGACUCCGGUUGACAGCGAACAAAAGGAAGAGCUGGAAGGUCGAAUGACGUUUGAGGACAAGAGGAUGCAGAAUUUCCUGCUGGGUCAAGCGGAACUGGACAAACGCAAGCAGGAUUUGGCCGAGCAGUUGAGGCAAGAAGAGGAGCAGAGGCGUGAACAGGCGCGCUUUGAAUCAGAAAAGCAGGAGAAGAUUCGACAGGAACGUGAACGGGAGCGCCAGCGUCAGGUCGAGGCUGAGGCGGAGCGAACACGUGUCCUGGAGGUCCGACGGCAGGAGGCGGCGACUGCACGUCUUCAGGCAGUGCGGGAGGAGUUGCGUCGACGGGCUCUAGAGACGGAGAAGUCGCGAGUUGAGGUUCUUGUUAGGGAGCGUACUCACCAGAUCCAUGCUCUGGAGCAAGCCAAGGCGCACCUUGCGAGCCUAGAGCAGUCCGCAGCCUCGCAAUCGACACGGCGCGAGGGAGUGCAAACACUAAUUACCUCAUCACAGGCAGAGGUAGAGGCACAGAAGGCAGCCAUCCUUGAGUUGGCAAAGCAACGUGAUACAGUGGAACGUGAUUGCCGCGAUCUUACGGAACAUGUAGAAGCAGCACGUGCAGAGCUGCAUCGGUGGCAAAGGGAGGAUGAGCAGUUGCAGCUACAGCUUGUUCCACCGCCCUCUGUUGCUGUUGAUAUUAGUAAUACGACAGAGCAGCAGAAGACCCUUCGGGCUAGUCUAAAGCAAGUUCAAGACAGUAAGCGUCAAUUGGAGCAGCAACUGGCACAGCUAGAGACGGAAGUGUUGCGAGGUGGACAGACGCUGGCAAGCCACCGACAUUCAGCUGAUGAGUUGGCUAAGAAGCGCACUCUUCUUGCCACUGAAGUGAACGCUUUAUUGGCAACCCUCUUGGAGCGACGUCGCACCUAUCGUCAGCAGCAAUACAAACACCAAUCUCACAAGGAACAGGAAGCGGAGAGUGCGGCAACGACGGCUGCGAAACAAAAUGAUGUAGAUGUUGCCAGUAGCAUUACGGGCACGGCGCUUGAUGCAGGACCUUCGGAGGCUUACACAGCGCUUUAUGCUUACACCGCGACACGGCCUGAUGAACUCACAUUUGUAGAACGCGAUAAACUUCAGAUUUUCACCAGCCCGCCGUUUGAGGUAUGCGAAGGCUGGCUGUACGGUGAGAUGAGCGGGCGGCGGGGCCUCGUGCCUGCAUGUUACGUCAAGAAGGCAUCGACUGGAGAGGUUUCACCCGUCGCCACCGCCGAUCCCUUUGCUUUACCUAACACCACUAGCUCUGCCACCUCAAUUAAUCCUUUUCCUGCUUUUGCAGGUCCCGUGCAUCAAACCAACUCUCUUCCCCUCACGGAUGACACACCGACGGCUUUUGUUGGAGAAAAGCCACUUUUUACCUGCCUGGCUUUGUAUAAUUUCGAGGCGAAGCUGCCAGGGGAUUUGAAUCUCGAAAUCGACGAUAAGGUUGACGUUUUUGCUGACAACAACGGGUGGUAUGAGGGUAUUUCCCAGCGCACAGGUCAGCGUGGUCUUUUCCCCGCCAAUCACGUACAGAAGUUGCAGUCUGAUGUAAACAUUCAGUCUUUGCAUAGUACGGAACCAUCAACCACAAUCGGUCCAGCUGCUCAAAACUCUGCAACGGGUAUUUCAACUGGAGACAAUAAUGCUCCUAAGAUCUCACCAUCACCACCCCUCCCCUCUGCUUCUAUCGACCACGAAAAACAGGAAAAUGGAAAAAUCGAAGUCGAUUCGGCGGUGAUCACAAUGUCUAAGACGUCGGAGCUGGCCGUCGUGGUAACACCCUUCACGGCGCAAAGUAGUGAACAGCUUUCUCUUAAUGCGGGUCAGUACGUAAAGAUCCGAAAGCGAUCCUCCAAAGGCUGGUGGGAGGGCGAAACUCAGCAAAGAGGUCAGGAUCGGCAAAUAGGAUGGUUUCCAGCUGAUUAUGUUCGAUUGGUCAAUGCUAACCACGUCUCUGGUAAGUAA